GGUUUCCUUGUCUUUGACUGGAGACCAAGUAGGAGAGAGGCGGACGAUAACAGCAUCCUUUGCUGUUAUUCAGCCAUCACACAUCUCAAUGAACUGCUCGCAAAGAAACCACUGAUCGUGCCUACUGCUUUGUGCAGGGCAGAGAUACUGAUCAGUGUCUAAAAACUGCAUCUCUUUUUCUUAUGAGAUUAUUUUUUCAUAGACUCUUUUUUUAACUUCAAGGUCUCUGUAGCCUCUCUCUCUUUCCACCAUGGUGCUAGGAAAGGUAAAGAGCUUCACAGUAAGCUACGACUGUCUCAAUGACAGCAAUGUUCCCGUUUUCUCCAGCGGGGACAGCGUCUCAGGGAGGGUGAUCAUCGAGGUCACGGGAGAAAUCCGUGUGAAAUCUCUCAAAAUCCACGCAAAAGGAUUUGCAAAAGUUCGUUGGACUGAAUCGAGAAAUGCUGGAUCCAACACUGCCUACACGCAGAACUACACAGAAGAAGUGGAAUAUCUAAAUCACAAAGAUAUUUUAAUUGGGCACGAAAGAGACGAUGACAACUCUGAGGAAGGACUCACCACUAUCCAUUCAGGAAGACAUGAGUAUGCAUUCAGCCUCGAGCUUCCACAGACACCUCUGGCUACCUCUUUCGAAGGAAAGCAUGGCAGUGUUCGCUAUUGGGUGAAGGCAGAACUCCACAGGCCAUGGCUCCUGCCCAUGAAGACCAAGAAGGAAUUUACAGUCUUCGAGCACAUUGACAUCAACACUCCAUUAUUGCUGUCACCACAGGCCGGCACGAAAGACAAGACGCUUUGCUGUUGGUUCUGCACCUCAGGUCCUAUUUCCCUAAGUGCCAAAAUUGAAAGGAAGGGAUACACCCCAGGAGAGUCGAUCCAGAUCUUUGCAGAGAUUGAGAACUGCUCAUCCCGCAUGGUGGUGCCAAAGGCAGCCAUCUACCAGACCCAGACCUUCUACGCCAAAGGGAAGAUGAAGGAGGUCAAGCAGCUAGUGGCCAACCUGCGGGGAGAGUCUCUGUCCUCGGGCAAAACUGAGACCUGGAGCGGCAAGAUGCUGAAGAUCCCACCUGUCUCACCCUCCAUCCUGGACUGCAGCAUUAUCAGAGUGGAGUACUCCCUCAUGGUAUAUGUGGACAUACCUGGGGCGAUUAACCUGUCCUUGAAUCUGCCCCUGGUCAUCGGAACCAUCCCUCUCCACCCCUUUGGUUCCCGCACUUCCAGCGUCAGCAGCCAGUGCAGCAUGAGCUGGCUGGGCAUGGGACUGCCUGAGAGGCCUGAAGCUCCUCCAAGCUAUGCAGAAAUUGUGACAGAAGAGCAGAGGCAGAGCAGUCUGGAUGUGCCAGCAGCCCGUGAGGAGCUGGACGGACCUCUCUUCGCUUACAUUCACGAAUUCCGCUUCCAGCCUCCUCCUCUGUACUCUGAGAUCGAUCCUAACCCAGAUCAUGCCAGCCGUACAGAGGAGCGCAGGCUUGAUGCCUGUCCAUCACGCUGAAGGGUAUUCUGAAAUUCCCCUGACCGACUUGGGGAACUCCAAAGGAACCCGCUUGCAAGGCUCAGCUUUGUUUAUUUUUCUCUAGCAACAACGUUCACGCAACGCUGUUGACAACAAGAGAAAAGUAUCCAACCAACCAAGACUUGGACAAAUACUGACAGUUGAGUUGGGUUGGACAAAUCUGUUCCUGCCUUCCCUCAGUGAGAGAAACAGGAGUCACUAGUUUGGGGUAUAACUUCCUUCCUGUGUCAGCCUGCUGAGGGUUGGAUAUGUACAGAUGAACACAUAUUCAGUCUGUAUGACACCCCCCCCCCCUCCACACUAGUAGCAAGAGCCCUGGUGGUAGUAUUGACAAUGACGAGGAAUAAUCAUCAAGGCUCAGCCUGCAAAGCUCCUCUUUAACCCUUGAUUCUUCUGUACUCAUGGCACAUAAGGACAUGGCUCCUCACACAAAGGGCAGGACUAAUCAUGUCCAGACUCCAGCAGAAUCACCUAAAGAACAUGGGAUGAAGAGAGGAAAAAUAACAACAACCACCAUAAUCUGUAUGAAUGAAAGCAUUCAGCGGCAGUGGUCAACCACAGAGCAAAGACUAGGUCCUCCUGCCUCAUUUGGGAUUUUGUUUUGCACAUUUUAUUCUUUACUUGAGUUGUGUGGCUCUGUUUAAUAAGAAAAAAAAUCACUAAUAGUUUGGUUUCAGUCUGGUAAUGCGCCAGACUAAGAAUAUGAGACUGCUGGCUUAACUUUUAAGACUUUCAUCUGCAUAACUUUGAGCAACGCUGAGAACAGGAUUUGAUUUUGGAAAAAAGACUGAAAAGGACAAGAACAAUGCACUGAAUUUGUUUAAGCUGUUUAAGAAUUUUCUUUUCCCCAUAUGACAUUUCCUCAGUGACUUAUAACAACUAGACUGGACUUUUACUACAACUGCAGCACACUAUCUUCAUCUGGAAGCUCUUUAAGAUGUUGCCUCCUCAGCUUGGAUCCAAGUGUGGCUUCCCUCCUCUUUUAGUUUAGUUCUGUUGAUCUGUUUUUGGUAUUUAGCUCCAAUCGUAGAAUAGCUUUUUAACCUUUUUUGUGUUGAGGUUGCUCUGGAUUUGGAUUAGGAGGGUUGCAGACCUACAUUUGCCACUCAAACUGUAGUUGAAGAAAAUAGUGUGAGUCUGUGUGUGAGUGUGUGUUUGAGAGGGUGGUACCUUGUGGAGGGACUCGCCUCACCCUAAUUGCCUGCAGCCCCUCUACUCCUAAUCUCAGGGCAAGCCAGGCUUGCAUAACUGCCCAAAAAAAGCACUGUCUCAGGUGGUCUUCUCACUUGCCAAACGGUUGGGAAAAAAAGAGAAAAAAUGUUAUAGGUUUUAAAUUGCACUGUUAAAAAUAAUGAAGAGUUUUUUUUUAACUACCAAAACAAGAGAAUAGACCUGCAGCAAAGAAAGGCAGCUUUCUGAGAUUAAUCACAUUCCCUUUUUGUCCUGCUGCACUUGCCCAGUUCAUCCAGUAACAGUUAGAUUUUCCCAGACCAGUGAAGCCAGAAUGCUAGAUAUAAAAAAAGAGAAGGAAACAGGGGAAUGACACUGCUUCUGUAUUAAAGGAGCAAACCCAGCACAAAUGAAAAGCUGGGGACAUUGCUAAACUUCUGUUGAGACUGGUCAGAACAAGUAGUAGUAGGUUGAUAUGAGUAAUACAUUGGUUUUCUAACUCAUUCAACACAAAAGACCAGCUACAACAGAGGUUUGACAUAGUCAAGAAAAUAGAAAAGCAGCACUUUUUUGAUAAGAAAAAAAAAAAAAAGCAUUCAAUGGUGAAGGUCUGGAGAAUAACCAUUUGGUACUAACCACGUUAUAAUAGAGAUUUUUCAGUAAAGCAGUGUUGUGUAGGACGUUAUUGCAUUAUUUAAUUUUUUAAAGAUUAGUGACUUUUUCUAAGUUUACAUUUUAAACGUAGCUGACACCAGUUUGUAUGUGUUGUGCGCGCGUGUGUGUGUGUGUGUAUGUGUGUGCACGCUCUUAUCGAGAUCCAGCGGCAACUAAAUAUACAGCUUCUGACAGUAAUCGACAAACUGCAGAUUAUUAAAGUGAUCUUAUCUUAGUGGCCUUGACACAGAAAAGACCUGAUCAUGACUCUUCAUUUUUCAGCGUCUGUUAACUCUUGUUCUCCUUUUACUAUGUUUGUUCACAUCUGUAUGUUUUUAGACCUUUCCAUGUUUAUUCAAAAGGACAAAAAGGGAAGAGGAAAAAAGAAAAAGUCCUUUGGAAGCAAGUGUUUUUAAAAAAAAAGACAUCCUGGACAGGCCUCUUGAUUGUGUUAUUUUUCCGAAGCUGAUGAGGGUUGACUUUUUUUUUGUUUUUCUCCAUGUAUUUCUGGGCAUUGGUUUAGUUUGCUUGCUAGUUUAACAAGUACCCUUCCUGAGUUAGUUUCCCUGACCUCUACAAUCCCCCUCAGGCCUGGGGGUGGCAGCUGUUGAUCAGUACCCAUCCCCCCUCGAGAAACAUUUAGGUAACAUGGGAUAGCAGUCAAACUGCUCCUUAUACUGUUCUAUCCUGUUCUAUUUGUUUGCAGUUCUUUGUUUGGAUUUUACUUAGGGAAAGAGAAUCAAGCUACAUGGUAAUGAAUAAGCUUACAUAUUUGUUUCAGGUUGGUCAGUUCCAUAGUCCAUUUGCUUGGGCCUCAGAGUAGUCCAGUGUCAAAACUAAGCUAAACUCCUGACCUAAUAAAGGCAGGAAUUGAAAUGUUAAAGAACCUGGGAGACGGGAUCUGAAACAUUUUAGAAACAAAGUGCAAUAUCACUCACUGAAUUUUCCUCAUUCUCCAUUUGUAUGUUUGUUUUUAUCUUUUUUUUGUCUGUUAAUCAUGACGAUGUAUAGAUAUUCUAUGAAUAUACUAUGUUCUGAAUGAUUUAACCUUUUGUCUAGUUCUUCCUUUUGAUUUGAAUAAACUUUUUGUUCUAAAUUACAA